CCAAGAAGGUACAUAAAGUGCAGCCUACCACAUCUCAAAAGUGCAUGACAACUUCUCCUCCACAUCUUCGUAGCUAUGAAACUUGUAUUUCGGACGUAUUAGCAUUCGACUUUUGACAUUCCUGUGGAGCCGAGAACUCUAGGGCAUCAAGAAUGCCUCGCUAUCUGCCUGAUUCCAAACGCGUGGUCUUGGAGCUCAUCUCUUCCACUGCUGUUCCUUCUUCGGCCGGCCUGACCAGCCCCAAUCCUUCAAGACGCGAGCGGACCACAAUUGAGAGCUUGAACAUGUCACACGUCUGUUUUGGCUUGGUUGAGGUGGCUAAGGGUUCUUGGGUGGCGUCUUUGCGAAGCUACAUCCAGCUUAGUUCAUGCACACCACCGGGGAGAGUGGGCUGUGAAGAGCAUUGGCAUCGAUGUCUCAACUCUCACCGAGCAAUCACAAGCGUGAUUGUCAGCCUCACAUUCGUGUGAUUUGCUUGAGCCGAAUGCAGGCUUAAAUUUAAAUCUGCGGUAGCCGAGGAGCGGAAUGCAAUCUGUACAGCCGCGAAUGGUUCGCUUUCGUUCAACUCGGAGGGCUGUACAAAUUUCGAGGUGUCCUCGUGAGGCUGAAGCCUUUCGCUUUUCUUCUGGCCCUUUUCGCUUUCCAGUUUACAACUCUUGUUCUUAUUGCGCAUGCGAUCGAAUUAUCUACGUUAUCGAAUUGAACAGUAUAGCGUAUGAUGGUACGACCAAACAACGGAUACGACGAUGGGAUGGAGAUGACACAGUACCAAGGAAUAGAGACAAAUCCAUAUAAUGGGAUGGAGAUCAACGCAUAUGGAGGCAUUGCGUCCGACGAUGGGUCUGAAAAAGUGGCUUUCCAUCAUGCCACGAAUGUCUACGACGAGGAUCCUCGAUCGCGACUUCGCAGAGAUUUGAAGACGAGACAAAUUGCGAUGAUAGCACUUGGAGGCGCGUUGGGAACAGGACUCCUCAUUAAUACCGGUCCCUCUCUUGCAAAUUCAGGUCCAGGUAGUAUGUUGCUCGGAUAUGCUCUGGUAGGAGUGUUGUGCUUCACAGUCAUGAGCGCAAUGUAGGGCGAAAUGGCCGCUUGGCUUCCCUUGCCCUCAGGGUUCACAGGUUUCGCCCACAGAUUCGUUGAUCCAGCUUUAGGAUUCGCUCUCGGCUGGAACUAUUGGUUCAAGUACAUUAUCACAACUCCGAACAAUAUAAUCGCAUCAGUCCUCGUCAUUAGGUACUGGUUCAAUAAAGCAGGCUACGACGGUCCGGGAGCAAACGGGGCCAUUUACGUCGCUAUAAUCCUUGCUGCAAUUAUCGCCAUCAAUUAUUUUGGAGUUGGGCUUUUUGGGGAGUUUGAAUUCUGGCUGAGCAGUGCCAAAGUGCUUGUCAUGCUGGGACUCAUCAUUUUUACGAUCGUCCUCGCGACGGGAGCAGCUGGGAGUAAUUCUCGUCCAACAGGUUUCCAUUACUGGAAUGAUCCUGGAGCUUUUGCUGCUUACAAAGCCUCUGGUGGUGGCGGAAGAUUCCUAGGAUUCUGGAAUGUGAUGACAAGUGCUGUCUUCAGUUAUCUCGGCGCAGAACUCGUCGGCGUUACUGUGGGAGAGGCCCAAAAUCCACGUCGAGCCAUUCCAAGAGCUGUGAAGUUGACGUUCUUCCGAAUCGUCUUCUUCUACAUAGUUCUCAUCCUUCUCCUCGGCAUGACAGUUCCAUACAACAGCCCACAGCUCCUGUCAGCCAACACAGCAAGUGACGAGACUGUCUCAGCAGAAGCAAGUCCAUUCGUCGUGGCGGCUUUGAUUGCAGGCGUGGAUGGUCUACCAGACGUUAUCAACGUGUGCCUCCUCAUCUUCACUUUCUCAGCGGCCAACUCCGAUCUGUAUAUCGCAACUCGAUCUCUCUACUCCCUUGCCAUCGAAGGCAACGCCCCAAAAAUCUUCGGUCGUACCAAUGACAAAGGCAUACCAAUCUACGCGCUCGCUUUAUCAAGCGCUUGCUGCACGAUAGCUUUCAUGAGCACCGAUGUGGGAACUUUCAAGACAUUUUCCUACUUUGUGACUCUCGUCACGAUCUUCGGAAUACUGACGUGGAUCUCCAUCCUCGUCUCGCACAUCGGCUUCGUACGCGCCCGCAAAGCGCAGAACAUCGAAGAUACAGCCCUCGCCUACGUUUCGCCAUUCGGCGUCAAGGGCUCAUAUGCAGCUCUGAUAUUUGCCUGCAUUAUUACAUUUUUCAAUGGCUGGCCAACAUUCGUGCAUAACCCUGUCACGGGCGAGAAGUUCGACUGGCGGAACUUCAUCGUCAGCUAUAUUCCGAUACCAAUAUAUCUUGGAAUGAUCUUUGGAUACAAGAUUAUUAUGAAAACGGAGAGGGUGAAGGCUUCGGAUGCGGAUCUAUUUGGUGGGAAGGCAAAGAUCGAUGAUGAUGAGGCGGAAUUUUUGGCGGAGGAGAUGAGGAGGAAGGGUGGUGUGAUAGAGACGAAGUACCAGAAGUAUUAUAGGGUUACGCUGGGAAAUUUCUUUUAAUGGUUGCUUUGGUUUUGUAUUUUGGGACGUGGAUCGUGUAUUUGGGACGGUGGUAACUUGAUCGUGUUUGUGCAUUUUUGGAGCGAGGAGUCAAAGUGUCUGUACUAGGAUGUAUGUUUCUAUCACGAUGUUCAUGAUUUAUAGACAAAUUAA